AUGCGUCAAAAAUCUCUGAAAAAAUGGGUAAGGUCCCUCAUUGUAAAGGCGAUAGGGAAGUCCUUCUCAAUUGAGUAUUUGAAGUCAUCACUUCAGAGAAUUUGGAAAAUCACUCCACCACUGCAAUCCAUAGCAUUAGGGAAAGGUUUUUACAAUGUCACGAUACCCUCGGAGGAGGCAAGAGAAGGUAUCCUCUCGAAGGGACCGUGGUUUGUUGCAGGCCACAUGCUCUUUGUCCAACCUUGGACACCAGGUUUCAAACCAUCGCAAGCGGUCAUCUCAAAAGCACCAGUGUGGGUUUCACUGCCGGAGUUACCAAUAGAAUUCCACACCAAACCAAUUCUGCAUAGAAUUGCAAAUGAAAUAGGGGCUUUUAUCAGAACAGAUAUGAACACAAUUGAGCAAAACAGAGUAAGAUUUGCCAGAAUUCAGAUUUUGCUAGAUUUGGCAAAACAGAGGAAGGAAGCUGUAUGGUUAGGAGCCUUCAAACAACCCAUACACUAUGAAGACACACCACAAUUCUGUCACCAAUGCAGCACCAUUGGCCAUGGAGAUGAAAGAUGCCCCCAGAAAAAAAAGAACAGAGAGAUAAGCAAGAACGGAGGGAGUACAGGGGAUGCUGAUGGUGAUCAAAAUUUAGGGCAAGACGUGUCACAAGCAAAAAGGGUUGAUAGAGAGGAAGAAGGGGAAGGCCCUUGGAUUCAUGUUUCAAAAAAGGCGACAGCGGGAAGUAAGAAAGGUGAAAGGAAAAAGGCUCCAAGAAACAAGAAAGCUGAUUCGAAGUUUGCUGCAGAAGGUAAUGUUGGAGAGAAAGGGGAGAAAAGACAAAAUCACAACGGACAAAAGAAGAAACCAAAUGGUCCAACGGGAAGGUAUACGAUUUUGGUCCAAAAUGUUACUACCAAACUAUCAGCCCAGCUGAGGAAAAAGGAUCUCAACAAAGCCCAAAACAAGAAGCCCAUCAGUGAAGUGGAUCCAACCCUCAAAGCUAUACGGGAAGUCCCAACGGCUAGCAUUGAUGCCUCAACUCCAAAAUUAAAUCACCUCCAUCUAAGCCAACCAAAAGCUGCCCUUCAAAUCCAAUCCAAGCCGUCCAUUUAUCACCACCCCCCCCUCCCAACAAAUCACAGUCGUAUGAUCCCAACCUUUCACCUUCUCCUCAACAGUAAAACCUAA